AACUCCUCCCCCACAACCACUUCUCGUUCACUUCCAACGUUGCAUUUAUAUACGUACAACAAUCUCCUUCCAUGAAGCCCCCACAACGCUAUUCACCAUUCUGUGUUCCACUCUUGGAAACAUUUGAUUUUCCAAACAGUACUAUAGUUGGAAAAGAUGUCGGAUUGGGGUCCAGUGUUUGUGUCGUUGGUGCUCUUCGUGCUCUUAACUCCGGGGUUGCUGUUUCAGGUGCCUGGGAGGGGAAGGUACGUGGAGUUUGGGAACUUUCAAACAAGUGGUGCUUCCGUACUCAUUCACUCCCUCCUCUACUUUGGCUUCAUAUGUGUGUUUUUGUUGGCUAUUAAGAUCCACUUGUACCUCGGCUAGUUUAUUUUGCACCUUAAUCAUAUUAUUUUUGUUGGGGUAUUCGGAUAGUUCAAUGUUUCUGUUCUUUAUUUCAUUGUUCUCCAUGUUUUGUUAUUCUUGUGGAUCUAUAUUUUACCAUUUUUUGUUCUUUGUUACCUAAUUUGGUGGGUUGUUGUGCCUGUAUUCAGUUUUCCUCUUAAUGAAUGUUAGAAAUUUUUAUUUUA